CUACGAGUAGGAAUGGCAAGUGGCAACACCAAAGUAUUCCUGAGCGGGACUUGAUUCCCGCCAACGAAAAGGAACCCAAUGGCGUUUUGGCGCUGGCGCCAAACACAAAUCGCCCAAAAUUCCCCCCCCCCCCCCUAAAAAAAUCGAAUCCCUAUAGUUUCUUCUUCUCCCUUCCAACACCUACUUGGCGCCUGGCGGCAACAAACCUGAGUCGACCAGGUCACGGGAACUAUCUCACCUCCGUUUCCACCCUCUCAUCGGCGGCUGAUUCCCGGUAAGCAUCGUUUCCCCUCGCUCUCUCUGUUUGCUUUUCGGUCCUCGACUCCUUCUGGCCGAGACCGGGAAUUCCUUGUUACUAGAUCUGCCACUUUCCGGCGCGGCUAGAUCUGCGGUUUAGUUAGAUUCACUGCGCUAAUGUGCUCAAGGAAAACUGGGCUUUGUAGCUCACAUGGCUGAACUCCGAACUAGGAAUCUGUCGGUAGCUCACACAGCUACCGAUUACUGAACUCCUCUCUCGCCCUCACUAGGCUUCACUGUUCUGAAUUGUUUGGCUCUCUACUUGUACGCGGGUUUUUAAUAUUGGAAAGCAGAGUUGCAAUUGCUGAAAGUUAUUGCAUUCAUUGUGUUCGAUGAAAUGCGUGAGAAUUGUGCUCAGAGUUUGUUAAACUGACGAGUCGUUUGUUGCAGAUCCGCGGCAGCUGUGGUUCUUUAAGUUAUCGUCCAAAUGGAAUUGAGGAGCUCCAAUCAUUUCCAUUACAUUAAUGAAAUCAAAGGUGGUAAAGUGACGAAAGUCCCAAAUGUUUUUCGUGGAAAGCCAGCGCUCAAGUUCAAGAACCUCCAAGACGUGUACGGGGAUUUGAGGAACGCCCCUAAUUCACCUGCUAGACGUCGACCAAAACCUAAUCUCAAGGAGCUGCCAGAAAAGCCUGAUCCCGAUGGGCGUGAGGUUAAGGUUGAAAAUCUACAGAGGUUUGAGGGAAGUGGAUCAGAUAUUGAAAGGGGGAGUGGGGUUUCUUCCAAUAGUAACUCAAGAGAAGCAGCGGAAGAGCAUAAGAAUGAUGUCGAUAUUGAUUUUUGUUGUCUUACACUCAAUCAACUCAGGGUGAGAUGCAUAGCAAAGAAACGAAAGCGUUUCAGCAAAGAAUCAUCGACUGGAAAUAGCUUGUCAGGAGCCGAGGAAGAUGAUUGUGAUCUGAUGGAGUGCCUCAGCAGUUGGAGAGCCAGAAUAGCUCAGAAAAGGAAGGUGAAUCAAAAGAAGAAGAAAAUGAGCGACUUAUGUCGAUCCAAACCUGCCCUAGCAAUCACCAAGUUUGAAGAUGUACAGAGCAGCGGUGAAUAUCCAUGUCAGUCCGACUCAAGUUUAGCUUCAGAUGUUCAUGUGAAAGACGAGGUUUCUGAGAGUGGUCACGGGGAUUGCCAAACUAUGGUAUUAAGUGACUGGGUAGAGCCACUUGUUUCAUUUGGGUUGACUUCUGAUGAUGAAGACCCCAGCUUAAGCUCCGGAAGUGACUAUGAGAUUCCUGAGACUAGACAUGCAGAUUGCCAAGCUAUUGCUGUAGUUCACUUAUUUGAUAGCUCUAAUGGUUUGGUUGAGCCACUUGCUUCUUUACAGUUAGUAUCCGAUCGAGAGCCCGGCUCAAGUUUUGGAUGUGAUGUUGAGAUGGGAUUGUCCAUUGAGUCUCCUACUGAGCUUCUGUUUUUGGAAAACUAUGAUUCUGAGGAGUCUGAAGCGGCUAAAACUUCCAAUGACAUCAGCAAUGAGCUUCAAUGCUGUUCUGUUGAAACUGAUCCUCAAUGGGACGAGCUUGAAGAUGGGCUGCAAAACUGUCAUGCUAGCAAAAUGUCUUAUGAGCAUUUGGAGGAUCUUGAGGCAUCACCUCCCAGUUCUAGGUGUGCUUCAAGUGAAGAAUCCGAUACAGACAAAGAUCAUGAUGUAGCAGUAGUUGCCAUUGAUGGUCUGAAAGACUCAGGUGCAGAAGCAAUGGUGAAAGAUGAAGAAGAGGAAGAAACAAAGGCGGUUCUUCAGCAGUUAUCAGAUGUGUCUUUGUCACAGUUGGAGAAAGAUGAUAUGGCCAUUGAUUCACACCUGAGUGGCGAGUUGAACAAAGUAGUCUCUCCAGUUAAGGAUCCUUGCUCAAUCGUACACGAAGACUCCAAAGAUGGGUUGCAGAAUAAUAGGACUGCCGCCAGCAAUAUCGAAAUCACUACAAAAGCUAACACAGUAUGGAUGGUGGUUGAUUCAUGUCGUUUUGAGGGGGAAGCCAAAGAUGAAAGCUCCCAUUUAGAAACCACAGUUGACAAUUGCACUAACGCAAUAAGUGACGACCAAGUUCAGAUUUUACAUCCAUUUCCAAGCGCUGGCGAUUCUUCUGCUAACCUGGCAAUGCGAUCUCCAUCAUUUCCAAGUGCUGAUAUGGAAAGGAGCAGUUCUGAUCAGCCAGUUAAGUUAGUUGGGGGUGAGGACUCUGAUGCCUCUGAUCACCAGCGGCAUCCUCCUGAAAGGCUGCUUUCAGCAAGGAAGGCCAUCUCUCCAACUUCCCAGGAAAAGCUACGGAAAGCCAUGGAAUCCAACGAGUUGGAUGAUGAGCAAUUAUACAAGUUUGCAAGGAAAUUAUGCUACGGAAAGAAGCAGCCGGAGAGAAAGAAUAGCCGGCCUGAUGGGGUGAAUCAGGCCAAGAGAGCUGCUGAAAACACAGUCAGUCCACAGCAAUUGAUGAGGAAACUCAAGAACCCUAAACCCAUUACUCCUCCUAAUGAUGCCCCCAAGGCCAUUUCUCGUCCUGUUCGUGCUCCGAGCUUCAGUACAGGGUGCACCUCAAUACAAAGCUGUUCAGAGAGCGCCAUCUCGUUCUCGCAGAACCAGAUGCGUGACUUUGAAUCCAUGGCGACCAAACUCACCAAGGAGUUGAGGUCCAUGAAGGAAAUUGCUGAAGCAACAUUGCACGGCAACCCAUCCGACUCCCCCAAAUAUACCCACCAAGAGGCGAGUAGUGCCAUAGAGAAAGCAGCAAGAGUGGAAGACAAUGCACGAAGAUGGCUCUCCACAAUGGCAAGGGAUUGCGAUCGCUUCUGCAAACUAAUGAAAUUGGCCCAGAACGGUUCCGCUCCUCCAGCAGCAAAUGUCGUCGUCGUCCAGAAGGAGAAGAGGAAGAAGAUAUCAUUCGCCGACGAAGCUGGCGGCCAGCUCUGCCACGUCAAGACUUUCAAGAGCGAGGUCGAGUUCAUGGAUCCCAUUCACAUCGUUGAUUGAAGAAAAUGCUGGGACCAUGGACGUUUUCUCGGCGUCGUUGUCGUGAGUUAGCUUUCUUUAACGCAUUUUUUAACAAAGCUGUUGUAAUGUUAGUUAGUUAAUCUCUUGUAAAUAGGGUCGUUUGGAUGGAUCAAUUUAGAAAUGAGUCAAUUUGAUCAAUUGUCUCGUUUUAUAAACGAGACAAUUAAAACGAGUCUAUUCGAAUUAUCUGCCCCCACCCCAGGUAAUUGAAAUUGAUUCAAAACGGAUCAAUUCAAAAUACUUCAGGGAGAUUAAUCUAUCCAAAUUUUUUGUUGGCAAACGAGGCAAUUUGGUACAAUUGUCUCAAAACGAGACAAUUAUGUUAAAUUGAUCCGUUACAAUUCCUCAUCCAAACGACCCAUGCUGCAACCUGCAAGUGAUUAUGUGACACUUUGUCAUAUUUUAUUAGGCUGGCAGUGGCCGUCCUGUUUGUUUCGUUUCCCAGAUUUGGCGGUGUAAGUUCAAAUACUACGGCAACAAAAAAUAAUGAACGCGACUCUGUUGUAGCCUUGUAGCUAAUGGUCCAAAUGGGGGAUUUUUGUUUGUUGUGUGUACAGUUUACUGUCACUGUCAGGUAACAAAGUUGCCAAAAUUAUGUAGCGAGUGUCGAGUGAGUAUAAUAAACUAAAAUGAGCCGUCAAACUUCUUGUACUCGAUAGUUUUAACUUUUCUUUUAACGUAAUGGAUGAAGCAUAAUAGUAUAAGUUAAGAAGAAGAAAAAUAUGCAAUCACUAUUUAUGUGGGUUGGUAUUUGGUAAAUACAUGAGAAUAUGCCGAUGAAUCGGUGAUUGACUUACUCAAAACAAUCUUACUUUCACAAAAUUUGGACUCUCAGGCUCAAUAACUAAACCUGGUUGGUUAUACCCAGUCCACCAAAUAAUGUAGACCAUGACGAGUUUGGCAUAGGCUUAGAGCGGUGGCGAAAUCAGAGGGUAUGUGCUUUGUCACGUGACACAAGUAAGUUUUUGUAAAAAUAUAAUAGAUUUUUUUAUGUAUGCAUAUGGAAGGGAUUGAAAUUGAACUCACCAAUUGUGAAGACGUGAGAGUAUUUUGUCACUGCACUAAAGCUUAUUUAUUGUUAUUUAAUUGUCAUAGAUUAAUUUAUUAUAGUAUACAAUAUAAAUAAACUUCUCAAUCGAAAACAUUUAUAUCGUUAAAAAAAUUAUACCACCGGAUUUAAACUCAUCCCUCUGACACUAGUUCAGCAUUAAGUAUACACCUUCUGUUACAACUUUAUCAGUUACUAACAAAAUUCUUGUAAUCUUUUAAAGAUGUACAAAUAUGUCACAACUUUCAGUCCUAUUCAUGAAUCUAAUAUGUUUGGAAGAAAUCCAUCUAUAUUUCAUAUCUAUGUGAACUCACUCCACGUAUUGUAUAUUUGAUUGUUAUUUACUUUAAUUAGUAGGAAAAUAUCGACACAAUAGUUCCCAUUAGCACAACUAAUUCCCACUCAAACAAUCAGCACCUCCUAUAGUUUUGACUAAUUGAAUAACAAAAUAAUUUUGGCUUGUGAAAUCACCAUUAAAUUAACAAAUCAUCAUUUAUUUAGUCUUGCCAAAUGCUGAUAUAGUCAUAUAUGUACGUGAUCAGACCAAAUGAGCUGACACUUCUUCUCAAAGCCUCAGGUUUGUAAUUUGUUGAAUAUAUUGAUCAAUUUUUU